GUAAUCACUUUUAAUUUUUUAAUACACGACUAUCAAAUAUUGCUGUCAAAUCUAAAAACAAAAUACAAAAAAAAUGAAUUCUUGUCGGGUUGUUGUGAUCGGGGAUCUCUUACUAUUUGCUGUGAUCAGUGUUGUCUCCCCUGAAGAAUUUCAGAUCGCAUUCGUCCAGAUAAUGAAUUCGUACCGUGCCUUACACGGCAGUGGGAAACUACUCAUACACAAAAAUAUUUCCCAAGAAGCUCAAGAACACGCUAAUAAAUUAUGUCGGGGAAUCUCCGAACGUUAUAUACCUUUUGAUGUUCCUGAUAUGCUUUCAAAUCUCACAUGCCAUUCAAGCAGACCUUUAGAAUGUGUACAUAUGUGGUACGAAGAGCGAAAGUACUACAACUACGAAAAUGGGCAAUAUGUGCCAAAGGCUGCCCAUUUCACUCUGUUGAUUUGGAAGAGUUCUAAGUACGUUGGUGUUGGAAUUUGCUCAAAACCAAUGGAAAAAUACUUUGUAGUUGCAAAACUGUAUCCUCGCGGCAAUGAGAAAAACAAAUUUUCGGAAAAUGUUUUACCCCAAAGAAACCAUUGUUCCAACCUGCCCACCAAUUGUAUAUUUUCAGCUGUUGCAGUUAUAAUUCCACUAUUUGCUUAAAUGUACACAUAUAUUAUUUAAUAAAUAAC